AUGGACCCCAAGGAAGACAAGCGCGACAGUGCCGCAGGCAUCCACCAUGAGCACGCCCUGGUUCCCGAACGUACACGGAAGCAAAGCGUUGUCGAGCUCCCCGAGAAUACGUCUGGAGAAGUCAAGAACCCUCUCGCCGGUAUCCCUGUCCCACAGCUUCUGAAUGAAGUCGACGCAUGGGCCGAGAAGAACGACCUAAAUGACAUCCUCCCGCUGCUCCGUAAAGGCGCCCUGAUCGCUCGCGACCCGAAUGGCUUCGAGGACGUUGACGAGCUGGACGAGGCGGAUAAAGAGGCCAUCCGGCACGAACGCACACACAGGUGGAGCCACCCUUGGUCGCUGUACUUCACCAUCAUCCUGAACUCGGUCGCCGCCGCUAUCCAAGGCUGGGAUCAGACCGGUUCCAAUGGAGCAAAUCUCGCCUUCCCAGACGAGUUCGGCAUAUCAACCAGGCCAGAGGUCUGUGGACCCCAAGGCACAUGUGAGAAGAACGAAUGGAUCGUAGGCGUUGUCAAUUCAAUGCCCUACAUAGCCAUCUGGCUCUUUGCGGCGUGGAUCUCCGACCCCUUCAAUGACUUCAUUGGCCGUCGCGGGACCAUCUUUCUCGGCGCCAUCUUCUCGCUCAUAGCUCCGUUCGGCAUGGCUGUUACCCAGAAUUGGGGGCAGCUUAUUGCCUGCCGUAUACUGCUCGGCAUCGGAAUGGGUCUGAAGGAAGUCACCGUUCCCGUCUUCUCAGCCGAGACUGCACCGGCCAUCGUCCGCGGUGGUUUGGUCAUGAGCUGGCAGCUCUGGACGGCUUUUGGCAUCUUCUUGGGCACUUGCGCCAACCUUGCCGUGUACCGCGUCGGACGCAUUGCCUGGCGCUUGCAGCUUGCCAGCGCCUUUAUUCCAGCUGUACCGCUCGUCCUCGGCAUUUGGUUCUGUCCCGAGUCCCCCCGUUGGUACCUGAAAAAGAAGAAGUACAGGAAGGCGUACAAUUCCCUCCUCCGUCUCCGCAGGACCCCACUCCAGGCCGCUCGCGAUCUCUACUACAUCAACGCGCAGCUCGAGUUCGAGGAGGAGCUCGUCCGGGAGUCUGGUCUCACCAACGCGAACAACAUCGCGACGCGUUUCCUCGAACUGUUCACCAUCCCCCGCGUCCGACGCGCGACGCAGGCGUCCGGCAUCGUCAUGAUAGCCCAGCAGAUGUGCGGCAUCAACAUCAUGUCCUUCUACUCGAGCACCAUCUUCGAGCAAGCCGGCGCCAGCACCUUCGGCUCGCUCAUGGCCACCUUCGGCUUCGGCCUCAUCAACUUCCUGUUCGCCUGGCCGGCCGUCUGGACGAUCGACACGUUCGGCAGACGCGGCCUGCUGCUCUUCACUUUCCCGCAGAUGUUCUGGACGCUGUUGGCCGGAGGCUUCUGCUUCUACAUCCCAAAGGAAAGCGACGCGCAUCUCGGGCUUAUUGCGUUUUUCGUGUACCUCUUCGCUGCGUUUUACUCGCCAGGAGAAGGCCCAGUACCAUUCACGUACUCCGCCGAAGUCUUCCCCCUAAGCCACCGCGAACUCGGCAUGUCCUGGGCGGUCGCCACCAACAACUUCUGGGCCAGCGUCCUGAGCAUCACCUUCCCGCGGCUGCUCGGCGCCUUCCAGCCGCAGGGCGCGUUCGGCUUCUACGCCGGCCUCAACAUCGUAGCAUUGGUUCUGAUCUUCCUCUUCCUCCCCGAAACCAAACAGCGCACCCUCGAGGAGCUCGACUACGUCUUCGCCGUGCCCACCCGCACCCACGCCCGCUACCAGCUCUUUGAAGUGCUGCCCUGGUGGACGAGGCGCUACGUCCUGUGCUUCUGCCGCCGCCGCAAGGGCUCGAUGCCCGCGCCCGCGCCCGAGCUGUACCACUUUGAUAACGACGGGCGGGGGGCGGGGGGCGGGGAAGACGACGACGGGGUACCGUGGUACGGUGGAUGGUGGUGGCGAUGA